GUACAUUCAGUAUUCAUGAACUCAACGAUCAAGUUUAAUUAUUGUCAAGUUGAGUGCGUACGUCAGUGGAAGUCGGCUAGAAUUCGCUUCUCAAUUCUUCCACUGGCAUUCGGGAGUUCACAUUCAGCAUACUGAUUAAUAGACCGUAUUACACCCACGCACACGAGCUAGUCAAAAUAGAUCAUCAGUCAUGGAGGAAAAAGCGAACGGUGUUCAUCAGCUUAAACUGAUGACCACCAUCACCAAUAAGUAUCCGACGUUUCGCGAUGAAAACUUGAAAACUGCGUACCGCUGGUUGGAAGGAAGACGACACGAUGAUGGAGCGGAAGGGCUUUGGAGAAUCCAUGAUAGCCUGUACGAUUUGACGGAUUUCGUCGAACGGCAUCCGGGUGGCCGGGAUUGGAUUCAGUUAACCAAGGGAACGGACAUCACGGAAAUGUUCGAGACGCAUCACAUCACCACCAAGGCGGAAAAUUUACUACCCAAGUUUAGGGUCCGGGAAGCGACACAACCUCGGAACGUGAGGAUAACCUUCAAAAAUGAUGGAUUUUAUCGCACUUUGAAGCGAAGAGUUCGCGACAAGCUGCCCGAGCUUGACAAGUCACCGAUCCAGACGUCCAAUUUAAUAAUUGACUCACUGUUGGGAGCGGUAUUCGCGUUUGCCUUUCUGGCAGUGAAAUACAACAGCUAUCUGCUGGCAGUGGCUUGUGCUCUUUGCGUCAACUGGACGGUGAUCAGUGCCCAUAAUUACUUUCAUCAGAAGAACAACUGGAGAAUGCGGCUGUUCAACUUGUCGUUCCUAAGCUAUAGAGAGUGGCGAAUAUCGCACGCAAUGUCCCAUCAUCAUUAUGCAAACUCAUUACUCGAUUUGGAAAUAUCAUAUCUUGAGCCUUUUCUUUGCUGGUUGCCAAACCCGGAAAUCAAAGGAGUGCUACAACGUUACGGAUCCUGGAUUUAUGGACCGAUUGUGUACGCGAUGAUUUGCUUAGGGGAAUUGAUUAGAAGGGUUGUAGAGACCAUCAAAACAGGGAAAAGCAGUAUUUUUGCGGACGACUUGAUUGCGUUUGCGAUACCAACCUUCAUGUACUUUGUCGACUCGAGCAGUUUGUUGAACGUGCUGAAAUUGUGGACCGUUGUCAUAUUCGUAGCAAGCUUUGCCUUUGGAUUGAUCGGUUUAAAUGCUGCCCAUCAUCAACCAGAGAUUUACCAUUCCGGUGAUAAAAUUCCGGACGAGAUCGAUUUUGGAGUGUAUCAAAUUGCGACGGUAAUCGAGCGGUCGGACGUCACAGGGUCGCAUCUGUUCGCGCUGACCCACUUUGGGGACCACUGUUUGCAUCAUAUGUUUCCCACGUUGGAUCACGGAAUACUGCCGCAACUGUAUCCGAUAUUCCAUCAGACGUGCAACGAGUUUGAAACCGUACACCGUCAAAGUUCUUGGCUACGUCACAUUAUUGCCCAGCACCGGCAGUUGGCACGUGUCGAACCGCGAACCUAUGAUCCGCGGGCCAAAUUUCCGUGAUGAUGAAAAGCCAAAGUACUAAGGAAUUCGUGUUAGGGUGAUAUUAUGAUUAGUGUCAAAAUAACCAGUGGGAUUACCGGGGUUUUGCGAAAACAAAAAAUUUCGUGGGCAUAUUUGUUAAAGUGUGGGAUUAAAUAGUUACUUAGUAGAAUAGUAGAAACAUGUAACACAGGGAACUAACAGGGAACACGAUCAUUUACGAAAAUGUCAUUUAAGUACCAGUGACAUUUACAUUAAUCAUACAACAAAAAUUGUGAUCCAUUUUAUUUUUGAAUUUUAUGAACUGACGAAAAAAGUUGUGAACAAAAACAAGAUUAUGUUUAUAUACAAACCAAAGUGAGAUUCCUUAUUUUUUUUUAAACAUCCCAGUUAAUGUAUCGAAAUAA